UAAUGAAUUAGUUAUAAAUAUAAAUGAAUUGUACCAUUAAAUAAACUGUUGUAUUCACGUCUCCUCGUUUACACCACUAGAGGGAAACGUCUGGUUACUGCAGCUUAGUGGGUUUGUCUCAAGAUGCACUUUGUCACAUCCGCUCUGCUUUUACUCACUCUAUGCUUACAGCUUCUUGAUUCUCACAUUCAUUAGGACUAUCAAAGUUUAAGGAGUAACAUUUCGCUCACAAAGGCAGAUCAAUGGAUAUUUUUCCUUUACUUUUUACGGUCGCUGUGGUUUUCACAGGUUUGACCAAAGCAGCUGGUGUGCUGCCAGACGGUCCUCUGAACGUAGCUGUGGGAGAGACAGUGAUGUUCAACACAACUCUGACUCCACCACAAACACCAUUUCUAACAGUGAGGUGGAAAUUUGGUGAGAAGAAUAUAGUCUAUUACAAUGUCAAUGAUGGCAGCAUCACUGAUCCGGAGUACGAGGGCAGGAUCACUCUCUUCAUAUCUACUGCAUCUCUGGAGCUCAGGAACGUGACUCCUAAGGACAGUGGACAGUACAGAGUUACCAUUGUUCAAGGGGAUGGACAUAUACUGGAUGGGAUCACAAAACUGGACGUACAUGUUCCAGUUUCUGGUGUCACGGCAACAGCCAGCAGCAGGGACUUGGUGGAGGACACCUCUGUCCUCCUGUCCUGCUCCUCCUCUGGAUCCUCUCUGUCUUUCCUCUGGCUCAACGGCAGCUCUGAGCUUACAGCCGGUGACAGAGUUCAGCUCACUGACGGAGGCGCAACUGUCACAAUUAAUGUGACGCGCUACGACCAGGGAACGUUCAGGUGUCGUGUGUCCAACCCUGUCAGUGAAGCCAUGAGUGUUCCAAUAAACCUCUCCAUCAGCUUUGGCCCAGAAAAUAUUAGUUUGACAACAUCUCCGUCACUUGACCACUAUGUUGAAGGCUCAGAAAUCAAGCUGAUGUGCUCAGUUGAGUCCAGACCUGCUGCCCAACUUACGUGGUUUCUGAAUGGAACCAUGGUGACUGGUACUGAACCAGAGGUCAGUCUGGUGAAUGUUAAGGAGAGCCAGAGUGGGAACUACCACUGUGAAGCCUUCAACAUGAAAACUAAGAGAAGGAUACAAUCUCAGCCUGCAGCCAUCUCUGUACUGAUUCCAGUUUCUGGUGUCACGGCAACAGCCAGCAGCAGGGACUUGGUGGAGGACACCUCUGUCCUUCUGUCCUGCUCCUCCUCUGGAUCCUCUCUGUCUUUCCUCUGGCUCAACGGCAGCUCUGAGCUUACAGCCGGUGACAGAGUUCAGCUCACUGACGGAGGCGCAAGUGUCACAAUUAAUGUGACGCGCUACGACCAGGGAACGUUCUGGUGUCGUGUGUCCAACCCUGUCAGUGAAGCCAUGAGUGUUCCAAUAAACCUCUCCAUCAGCUUUGGCCCAGAAAAUAUUAGUUUGACAAUAUCUCCGUCACAUGACCACUAUGUUGAAGGGUCCGAAAUCAAGCUGAUGUGCUCAGCUGAGUCCAGACCUGCUGCCCAACUUACGUGGUUUCUAAAUGGAACCAUGGUGACUGGUACUGGACCAGAGCUCAGUCUGGUGAAUGUUAAGGAGAGCCAGAGUGGGAACUACCACUGUGAAGCUUGGAACAAUAAAACUCUGAGAUCGAUACAAUCUCAGCCUGCAGCCAUCUCUGUACUGAAGAGAAUAUCAGGUGCUUCUAUCACAUGGGGACCAGACCUGUCGAUUGAAGGGAACUCUUUCAACUUGUCAUGUGACGCUGCUGGCUCGGUGUUCACCAGAGAGUGGAAGAAGGAUGGAGUAAAGCUGACUCCAGAUGACCACCUGUCCCUUCAGGAGAACAACAGAGUUCUGUCUAUCAACAGUCUCAGCAGAAAAGACACCGGAGUUUAUUUGUGUAACGUCAUCAACCCCGUGAGCCAAGAAGAAGCAGAAUACAGGAUGGUUGUUUUCUAUGGACCAGAAAAUGUUCAAAUCCAUGGUCCAAGUGACAUUGAUUUGAAAACAACCUUAACAUUAACUUGCUCUGCUGAGUCCGUACCUGCUCUUUACACCUGGAUGCUGAACUCCACAGAGAUACACAAUUCUGCUGUUUAUACCAAAAUCAACACUGAACCUUCUGAUAGCGGCUUCUACACCUGUGAAGUGAUGAAUAAUGUAACUGGGAGAACAUUGUCAGCGGUCCAUGGAUUGUCUGUCACAGUGAACCCUACAGACACACCAUCAACAUGUUCGGCUGGUUGCAUCGCUGGAAUAGUCAUCGCAGUUUUAGUCGUCUUAGGAGCAGUUUGCGGAGGGAUCUUCUUUUAUUACAAAAAAAAACUGGCAAACAAACACUCCACCAGAAGCCCGACCACUGCAACAGGAGCUGAAGGGCAGGACAACAAAGCAUGCACAGGAAGUCAGGACGUGAACUACGCAGAUAUCAAUAUGUUCCACAAAAAACAGGGUGGCACAGUGCAGCUCGGGGUACAGCCUGACUCAUCAGGAUAUGCCCAGUUUAGAGCGAACAACAAUCCUCCAACGGCCUCCACCCCUCCCACCUACGAUGCCCAUCUGCAGCGGAUGAAGAACAGGGCUCCUCAGCCUCCUUCUAACGUCUCACAGGUUUACGCUCAGAUUCGCAAGAAGUGACCACACUGGAUGUGACGGACUACAUGGAGGCCACAAGCAUCUGAUAUGUGGUCAUGAAACACUCCCCUCUCAGUUCUUCGUAGAUGACUCAUUCUGAACUGUGUUUACCAUGUUGAUGCACUUUGGCAGUGGUUAAUAAUCCACCAGGCUCUAACAGCCGUUGCCAUGACUGAGGUCAGGCGCCACAAUGAUGGCCUGUACGUUUGCAUUUGACACAUAAUAGCUUUGUUUCUUUGUUUGUUCGUGUACAGUCAAUGCAAAGAGGUUUGGUGUUUUUACAUUCACUGCGCAUCACUAACUAAACAUAUUGUUAAUUAACAUUCUGUAAUUUUCCUUUCAGUGGCAUCUAUGAGGUUAUUGACCCACCCUGAGCUUGUUCAUUUGUCAGUGCGAAAGUGUACUAUAAUGACCAUCACAUAAAAUAUUUAUGGUGGUUCAAAGGAACAUUUCAAAGAUAAAUAGACAAAUACAUCUUUGUAAUUGAAUAUUUAAAGUUUAACGUUUUUAUCCCUGCUGUCACUAUAAUACAAUAUGCUAGCAUGCAGAGCAAUAACAAAAUUAAGUUUCAAGUUUUACUUGAACAAUAGAAGAAACACAAAAAGAAAAAAAAAAUAAUCAAAAGAAAACACAUGAACAUUUAUAUGCUUAAUAUCUAGGACAAUAAUAACAAUAAUGACCGUAAGUCUGGAAGAUCUUACGAAAGGGAAAUGGAAACUAUUUCCAGUCAGGACUA